GCGAUAGGCCCACCUCCACCACUACUAACUCCUGUAGCCAGUGUGUUCACUGCCACUGUCACUAGUUCUACACUGUGUUGGGAUUUUUACUCCAUCAACAGGCCUAUGGAUUGCAGAGCCGCUCUCCAUUGUGCGAUUGUGAGAUGUCUCGUUCAUCGUGGUAAUUAGCUGUCAUUCACAUCUCGUCACAGCCAGCAGUGACAACAAACACGAAGGCUCCAUCAUAACCUGUCUCUGCAUCGCCAACUCUUCAACGGUCAUACACUCACAGCCCGAAACACCCAACAAUCACACUUCCAAAGUGUGGAGGUCUCAAAUAUUUCUGUGCGACAGCCAUGUCAUUCCAAGUGAAGCAUUCCAAAUAAUCUUAUUAGAUUUAUAAUAAAAACCUCAACACAGCUCGCUAUGGAGAUUAUAAAAUAGUUAUAAGAUGUUGCGAACAGAGAUUUAAUUUCACUAAUUCAAAUUUGGAGAGAUUGAUGAUAGCAAAGCCAUUAGGUGUCAGAGGCAGUCGGUAAGCCAUAAAAAUGACAUAGCUGUAAGAUAUUCAUUACAUCAACUUAAUAUCUCGAUUUUGAUGGAUUACUGUCGAGUGUCAGAAAUAGAGGACCUUUACGAACUCGCAUCUUUGUAUUAGUGUCAUGACGCGGAUAAAAUCCCAACAACGAUAUCAUUAGAAGGUAAUACUGAAAUGACAGUUUAGAAGUGAUUUUAUAGCUGAGGAAGAAAAUGAGGUAUUUGACAUACGAUUGUGCAUUAUAGAGACAGAAGUCGGGCAGCUAGGAAGUGGAAUUACUGACAGACAUGUAUAAAAUUCAAUUUAGGACCUUUCUGCCCUUGAUUGACGGCUGUUAGCAAGAUUAACAAGUCCCUUGUCUACAAAAAUGUGAUUUAUUGGAAACUUCUUAAUAACUGAAAAUUGUGCUAAAACUAUUUACUAAGAAAUACAAUUCCAUGAUGGCAAGCUGAACAUAGGAAAAUUGGAUAGAAAAUAUUGUGCCAUUUUAAUAGUGAAAUUUAAAGCUAUUACAAAGAGGAUUACAUCAAUGAAGAAAAAGUGAGAAACAACUUACUUUAUCAGCAGUAUACAGAGUUGUCUUCUCUUGCCAGCAGCCUGGAUCAUCAUUGAGCCUGAAAUUAAGACAGAAUUGUGAAAGUGGGACCACAAAAUCAGGUUUGUGACGUGCUGAAACUCUCUUUUUCUACAAAGUGCCUUAGAGUUUUUUUUUAUUAAGCAUCGAAUCUUGUGUAAAAAAAAAAGAAAUCCUGCCUGCGUUAACUUUUGAUAUUGUGAAAUACCCUGUGUAAUAAUAGCCUGCCUGCUCUCCUAGCUUGUGCCAUAUAGAGGUAACGAUGGGCAACAUGGAUAUCUUAGUGGACAACUUUAACAUGAACACAAGUAGGUACACGCCCCAAAGUAGCGUGGAGCCGACCAACCAUACCCCCAUGGGCAGUGCCCCGGGGGCAGAGACUGUCAACCAGUUUAUGAUGCAUUAUAGUCAGUACCACGGCUUUAUCAGUGCUGUAAUAUGCGUGUUUGGAGUCGUGUCAAACAUUCUAAAUAUCAUUGUCCUGACGCGGCGUCACAUGAUCACACCAACAAACUACAUUCUGAUCGCGCUGGCAAUCUCGGACGUUCUCACGAUGUCUUUCUACCUAGUAUAUGCAAUCUAUUUCUACUGCUAUGCCAUCCCUUUCACAUCCUACGGUCACUCGGAGGGCUGGAUCUAUUUCGUCUGUAUCAACAUCCUUGUAGUGAUUACGUGUCAUAACAUGGCCAUGUGGCUCACCGUAUCGCUGGCUGUGUUUCGAUACAUCUUUGUGUGUCAUCAUGUUGUAGCCAAUCAGCUUUGCAGUCUUCAGCGCGCCAAAAUCACAAUCGCAAUUGUGAUGUUUACGACCAUUAUUACCUGCACCCCAAACUACUUCCUGUACAAAGUGAUCCAAUUGGACCUCGAAAAUAAUCAAACAGGUUACUGGGUGGGCCAGAGUGAGUUCGCAUCAAACAACAUAUACUUCCAACCAAUCACUUUCUGGAUAUAUGGAGUGAUAAUAAAAAUUGCACCUUGUGUUUUACUAACUAUACUAAGUGCAUGUAUAAUAUACACGAUGAAUGAGGCGAGCAAACGUCGCCAACGGUUACUGCAGCAGUCCGGUCGCCAUAACGAGGAGGCACUUGCCGAACAUAACCGCACCACCAUGAUGUUGGUGGCCGUUGUUCUAUUUUUUGUCAUCACAGAAUUCCCGCAAGGCAUCCUGGCAGCCAUAAGUGGCCUCAACGACACAUUUUUCCAGGAGGUCUAUUCGAACUUGGGAGACAUCAUGGACCUACUUGUUCUCAUCAACAGUGCCAUUAACUUCAUACUUUACUGCAUCAUGAGCAAGCAGUUUCGCGACACUUUCAAAAACUUGUUCGUCUGCUGCAAACUACAGAAAGUGCGUAAUCACAGUUCAAACUCCCGACAAAACGGUACCUCCUACUACAAUGUGAAAACGGAGUCCACUCAAGUGUGAUGUUUAGCAUGUGC